CGCCCGGCUCCCCAUUGGCCGCGGCUGCCGACCCCCUCCCGCGCGCCCGCUCUGCGCCGCUGCUGUGGUGGCGCCGCCGCCGCCGCCAUGUUGCGGCCGCUCCGCCGCCGCCUCCCCGUCACGCACCCGCCGGGCAGCCGCUCCUCCGCCUCCGGGCCCGGCCGCCGCCGCCGCCUGCUGCUCUCGACGCCCAUCUUCUACGCCAACGGGCCUCCGCACCUCGGGCACCUCUACUCCGCGCUGCUGGCCGACGCGCUGCACCGCCACCGAGGGCUUCGCGGCGCCGGGCCCGGCCGCCUCUCCACAGGUACCGACGAGCACGGGCUGAAGAUCCAACAGGCCGCGGCUGCGGCAGGAACGUCGCCCCCAGAGCUCUGCGCCCGCGUUUCGGCUCUGUUCCGCCAGGCCUUGACCCAGGCAGCCGUCUCCUUCACGGACUUCAUCCGCACCAGCGAGCCCCGCCACCAGAGAGCUGUGUGUCAUUUUUGGGGUGCCCUGCAGGAGCACGGGGCGCUCUACAAAGGGUCGUAUGAGGGCUGGUACUGCACUCCAGACGAGUGCUUCCUGCCCGAGAGCCAGCUCACCGAGCGUACGGACACCCAGGGGCGCACAUACAAGGUGUCUUUGGAGACUGGCCAUGAGGUGCACUGGACCAAAGAGGAGAAUUACAUGUUCAGGCUGUCUGCAUUCCGGGACCCGUUGCAGAAGUGGCUCCGUGACAACCCCCGUGCCGUUUCUCCUGACCCUUUCUACCAGCGUGUGCUUCACUGGCUGGGAGACGACUUGCCAGACUUGUCUGUCUCCCGUGAGAGAAGCCGGUUGCAGUGGGGUAUCCCUGUCCCCGGUGACUCAACGCAAACUGUUUAUGUGUGGGUAGAUGCCUUAGUGAACUAUCUGAGUGUCGUGGGCUACCCUGAGACACAUGGGGAGUGGUGGCCUGCUGCGCACCACAUCGUGGGCAAGGACAUCCUCAAGUUCCAUGCUGUCUACUGGCCAGCACUGCUGAUGGCAGCAGGGCUGCCACCCCCCGAACAAAUACUUGUGCACUCCCACUGGACUGUCCGUGGGCAGAAGAUGUCCAAGAGCCUGGGCAACGUGAUCGACCCUUUUGCUUGUAUUGGACAGUACACGGUAGAUGGAUUUCGGUACUUCCUGCUAAGGCAGGGUGUACCUGAGCGGGAUUGUGACUAUUACGAUGACAAGGUUGUUAAGGUACUGAAUUCAGAACUGGCAGAUGCGCUUGGGGGACUUCUGAAUCGGUCAACAGCCCUUAGCAUUAACCCCAGCAACACUUACCCUUAUUUCUCAGAGUCUUGUUUUCCAAAGAUCUUGGAUUACAGGGAGACAAAAGCCUUGGGUAGGGCUUCUGCUGAAGACUAUGAGUUUGUGGUGUCUGUGGCUUCUCUGCCGCUGCAGGUGGCUAGUUAUUUUGAAGAUUUCCAGAUCUACAAGGCUCUAGAAUGUAUUGCCCUGUGUGUAAGGCAGACCAAUGGUUUCUUCCAGAGACACAAGCCUUGGAAACUCAACAGAAAUCACCCUGCAGAGAAGCUCUGGCUUGACACCAUUAUCCACGUUACACUGGAAUGCCUGCGGGUCUUUGGGACUCUCCUGCAGCCAGUGAUCCCAUGCACUGCAGACAAAUUGCUUUCCAGGCUGGCUGUUGAGCCAGAAGAGAGAGGUCUCUCAAAUUUGACUUUUCUUCCACGUUACAAUGGGAAGCCAUGUCCCUUUGAGGGGAGACAGCUUGGACCUGACACCGGCGUCUUAUUUCACAGACUCGAGAAGUCAAGUCAGCAUCAGAUAGAGAACAAGAGGCUAUAGUCUCUUACAAAUAGCUUUUGUAAAUAAAAGCCUCCAGGAAUGCCCAGAAAAUGUCAUCUUUGUUGGAGCAUGUCCCUCCCAUGUCUCGGUGAUGACACAAAUUAGAUAAAACAAAAACUGA